UAAAUUUAUUACAUGUCGAUGGGCCGUACAAAUCUAAUUUCUUUGGAUAAAAUCUGAAAACUCAUUGUAGACAAUAAAUCGAAAAUAUAAUUAAAAAAAGAGAAACAGUUUAGAUUAUUGAGUAUAUAUCCUUGAAUAUUAUUAUUGAUCCCCACUCUUAUUGUCAUGGAAAAAGAGUCGAUAAUUGUUUCAAAAGUAAGAUAUGAUUGGUAUCAAACAGAAGCAUUUGUUUAUGUCAUAGUUUUGGCUAAAAAUACGGAUGAUAUUACGGUUACUUAUUCUGAAAAAAGUCUAAAUGUUACCGCUAAACUACCUAGUAAUGAAUAUUACAAUUUAAAAGUAGAAUUGCAGCAUUCUGUUGUACCUGAGCAAUGCUCUUAUAAAGUUACACGGUCCACAAUAGAAAUUAAACUUAAAAAGCAAGUUUGUAUGAUGUGGGCAGUUUUAGAAGGUACUUACUCUCAAUUAAAAACACAAUUGUUAUCUACAGUUAAACAGCAGUCUACAAAAUACCCAAGUUCUUGUAAAAAUUCUAAAGAUUGGGAUGAGUUUGAGAGAGAAAUUGAUAAACAAGAAGCUGAAGAGAAAUCAGAUGGUGAAGAUGCAUUAAACGCUCUUUUUCAACAAAUUUAUGGAAAAGGUUCAGAUGAUGUCAGACGUGCUAUGAAUAAAUCAUUUAAUCUGGUGGCACAGUACUCAGUACGAAUUGGUCAGAAGUUGGAAAAGGAAAGGUGCAAAGAAAACCUCCAGAUGGCAUGGAAUAAAAACGAGGAGUUCGAGUGUUGGUCAGUGUUGAAAAAAUAUCAAACAAAAAUGUAUUUUGAGUUAAUGUCAGAAGUUAUGAUGAUGAAUUGGACCAUUAGACACUCGACACUAAGUACUUUAUAAUUUUUUGAUUUCAAAUGCCCGCAGUUUAAAAGUAAAAAAUCUGAGCUCAGGUAGUAUUUUUGCACGCAAGGUUUUGAUGAAGGUACAUGAGGCAUGAAAAGAAUUUUGUAUGGGUUUUCAUGAAAAUGUAGUAUGAUAUAUUUUAACAAUUUACACUUUUCCUUUUAAUAUUUUAUACUAUUCCUGUGUCUAUAUACCAGAAAACAUAGAAAAUAUUUGGUUACUAGUGGUUGACUGCUCACAUUACACUUAAUAAAUGUAGUAAACAAAAUGCAGAUGAGCAAAUCGCAUACCGUUGCUAAGAAUUAGCUGUUGAGUUAGAUAGAAUUAGUUUUUAAGUCCAUAAAUCUCUAUUGAAGCGAACAACAUUUUUAUUGAAGAUUAAACUAUCAGUAAUUGAUUGCACUAAAAUUUAACUAAAUAAUUUCGCCUUGUCAGCGAAAAAGUGUCAAAAAAAAUUUUUUAAGUAGUAAGAAUCAGAUUUUCGUGUCUGGAGCGUAAAUUUUAGCUUCUAUAAAAACAAGUUCAGUACAACAAACGUGAGCAUUACAAUAACAAAGAAAAUGAACCCCCAGAGAGCAAAAUCAUUUGCGCAGUGAUUCUUAUGAAGUAGUAAUUUUCGUGAAGAUUGAAAAACUGCAAAUUUUUCCCAAAUAUGCUUUUUUUAAGCAUGUUUUUAGUUGACCCAAGAUGUAUGAACACCCAAUACAAAAUUUGUAAUAAGCUUUUUCUUUUUGUGCAACAAUACAGUACUUAUUUAUUCAUUAGUUUAGUAAAGAAUCAACAGGCAGUUUCCUUUUUUCAAAUUAUGUUAAAUGCUCUUUAAAGCAAAGCCUGAAUUAUCAUCAAUAAGCAGCACCACAAGGAGACACCUGCUACUACCUAAAAAAUUCCAAUAAACGUCUCUUAAAUACGAAUAUGUUUUGAGCACUAAUAAAAUCACUUGAAAGCGAGUUUCAUAGUCUUUUUUUGUGAAUAAGGUACAUAUAAUUUUGCGUAGAAGUAGUUUCAACAAUUGUUCUAAGGUUCCUAACUGGGAGAUUCUACAAUUCCUGUGGCGAAAAAAAGUAAGUGUGGUUUUCGAUAAAAAUCUUAUCAAGGAUCAUGGGAAAAAUAUCAAAAAUCUUGAUGCGUUUUCGAGAUAUUAAACUCAAAAGUACGAAAAUCGAGUUUUACAUUAAGA